AUGCUUCCCGAAUCUUUGCUAACAAUACAAGGUAGCCACUACUGUGCCCGUGACUAUGGUCCUAGUGCCCGUAACUCUAACACCUACCAUCACCCCAACUUGGACGGUUCUUACUCUUAUUCGAGCCCGAAUAGAAGCACCUACUAUAACAACGGAAAGGGGUAUCCGAACUAUACCCCGCCUUCCGGAUCUUCUGGCUCCUCCGACAAGAAAUGA